AUGGCCAGUAUCAAGAAUGUCCAACGAACCGCGACUCUAGCUGGGGCUUCGACAGAUCACAUGUCCGGUGAAAAUGAUGAACUUGUCCCCUCCGACGAGCCUUGCAGCGUGCCCCUCGGAGAGAGGUGUUCGUUUCAUGGCCGUCGCAAAGACGGUUGGAAUGAGAAAGUGCUACUGAAGCUCUGUGAUGACGCUCGUGCAAAUCUCACCGAGGGGAGGAUGACAGAGUCUUUGUUGGGAAGGGUCAUGGAUUUUAUCUUGGCUGCCGUCGAGGACGAAUCUCGCGGCAGUGGCAGCAUGAUGCUCGAAAUGGAUGUCAUACGAAACGCUCGGCUUGACAAGCUGCUAGCGGACAUUAUGAGCUGGGAAACCAGCAGGACGAUGCAAGUUUCCCAACGCCAAUGGGUCUUUUCCAGCGUCGAGGAGCUCCAGCGGCUGUGGCAGACACGCUUCCGAAACGCAUACUUUGAGCUCGACAACAUGCGCUAUUACAAUCUGUACACGACAGGUCUACUUCGAGACAUCGUAUUAAACCCCGACAGCAACGACGACUCGGUCUUGUGGCGCACGAGGCAUCGCAGCGCGCUCUCGGAAGCGGAGGAAAACCUCCAUUACACGGCUGGAGAGUGCGACUGGUUUCCCUCCCCGGCAUGGAAACGUAGCAGAUGGGCUAACGCCUCGCAGCUAGUGGUUGAACAUGGCCUGCGCCUAUCGAGACGGCAUCGUCGGCGGCACGACGGAAACCCCGACCAAAUCCAGGUUUCGGACAUGAUGCGGCGGUGGAGAAGGGAGAUGAACGCUGACGGUGGCAGAUACAUCCUACGACAGUACGGCCAGAAACUGGACCGGGAAACCGGACUGCACAGGCUCGUCUUGAUCCUCGAGCGAGUACCGGGCCAGAUCUUGUUGGACAGACUUGUCAUGAUUCCUCGACCGUCCCAGCUCGAUGACUGGCACCUGUUUCAAAGGUACGAGGGUGAGAUAAUGCGGUAUAUGCGAGGGGAACAAGGAUACUUGGAAUGGAAAGCUGCCGAAGAAGAGCAGAAGGUGGAUAUCGGGCAGUGGAAGCAGGCUUUGGGGAGGGCAAUGGAGCUGAAGCUCUUGGGACAAGGCGAGGCCGGCCGAUGA